AUGGAUAGCAAAAGCAGCAAAGUAUCUCUCCUUUUUCUUCAUGAAGCAAUCAUCGAAGAAAUACUGUUAAGAAUUCCGGUGAGAUCUCUCUUGAGAUUCCGUUGCGUUUCGAAAUCAUGGCGUUGUUUGAUUGACAGCGACCGAUUCAUCAAAAACCACUUCCAAACCUCAUCAAAAAACGCAUCUUUGGCCCAUCACAGGCAUUUUUAUUUUCUUGACUCGCACGAGGAGGCCGUCUCGGACAAGAAGGCCGUCUCGGACGGAGACGAGGAGUCCGAUUCGGACGAGGAGUCCCACUCGAACAAUGAGGAGUCGGAGUCCAUUCAUAUCGUGGGAUGCUGUAAUGGGCUGGUCUGUUACUGGAGUAAUUUCGGUAAUCUGGAGAAAGGGUAUUUUGAAUUGUUGAAUCCUGCCACCACCAUUACUGGCAGAAUUUUACCGGAACUGGAAUUGAAAAUAGAGGAUAGGGUUUGGUCCAUUGGCGAUUGUGGGUUCGAUUGGGACGAAUCCAGUGGUGCACACAAGGUGUUUGUUGUUUUGCAUUGGGGUAAUUGGGAUCGGAUGGCUAAACUUUAUAGCUCAGAAACGAAUUCAUGGAAAACAGUAAUUGAGGUCAUUGACUUCGAAAACAUGUCCAUGUACCGCACUCCAGUGUUAUCGAGCGGGAAGCUUCAUUGGCUGAGGACUGACCACAUUGUUACCUUCGACAUGAAAAGCGAGGAGUUUGGAGUGAUGGAGCGGCCACAUGCGCAGGUGGUGUCCUUGAUGAGGGUCGACGACGGCUGCCUUGGCGCGAUGUGUGGUCAUGAUUAUGAAGGUGGUUGGUCAAUCAAGUAUACUGAUGUUCGGUUAAUGAAGGAGGAUUCUUGGGUGAAAGCGGAGGAUAUUGUUGUUUAUAAGCCUCUGGUGAGAGCGGCAAAUGUUGUUUUUCCUCGUCGUCCUAAAAUUCCUCGAUCGGGGGCAGCCCACGAUGCGGAGAUUUGGCUAGUUCGUGGACUGACUUUUAAGCUCGACGAUCCAGCACACGAUGAUGAGUUGCGGAAUAAGAAAAUUCAAGCUUGGGAGAGUUACAUGCUAAAGACGGACCUCUGCUUUCUCUACGUCGAAAGUUUAGUUUCUCCGAUCCCUUUUAACAAAAGGGGUAACUGCCCCUAA